GACCGUGGGCACCGCGUCAUCUGGCAAGGCAGUGGGCUCCGAGUCAACUGGUAUGACCGCAGGCACUGGGUCAGACAUUGUAUGGUCUGGCUGGACAGUGGGCAUCGGGUCACCAGGGCAUCAGGUCAUUUGGCUCGACAGCGGGCACCGCGUCAUCUGGCAAGGCAGUGGGCUCCAAGUCAACUGGUAUGACCGCGGGCACUGGGUCAGACAUUGGAUCGUCUGACUGGACAGCGGGCACUGGGUCACCAGGCAUCAGGUCAUUUGGCUCGACAGCGGGCACCGCGUCAUCCGGCAAGGCAGUGGGCUCCGAGUCAACUGGUACGACAGUGAGCACCGGGGCAUCAGGUACCGGAUUGUCUGGCUCGACAGCGGGCAUAUCGGGUCACCAGGCAUCAGGUCAUUUGGCUUGUCAGCGGGCACCGCGUCAUCUGGCAAGGCAGUGGGCACCGGGUCACCAGAUA